AUGGACGCCUACACUCCCGCGGAAGUGGCCGAGCUGGUCUCCCGCGCAGGAGCCACCAAAGGUAAUAUGCGCCUUGAUAAAGUAUUUUUCAGCGCUUUCUCCGCCGGUUGUCUACUUGCCUUCGCAUGUGGUACGGUGUUGAGUACCAACACUGCGUCGUGGUACCAGGAGAAUGCCCCAGGACUCAUCCGGACCAUCGGGGCAUUGGUCUUCCCGUAUGGGCUCGUCAUAAUCGUCUUGACAGGAGCGGAUCUAUGCACGGGUUCUUUUAUGUAUACCACAGUAGCCGCUCUUCAACGCCGAAUCUCCUGGCUCAAAAUGCUCCUACAUUGGUUCGUCACUUUCUGGGGAAACCUCGCUGGGUCAUUAUUCAUCGUUGCUAUCAUCUUCGGCUACGGAAACGCCUUCUCCGCCGAACCCUACAAAUCCCAAGUCAUCACCAUGGCCAACAAAAAGCAACUCACCCCGGACUUUCACAUGAUCUUCCUCCGGGGCAUCGGCUGUAACUGGCUAGUAUGUCUAGGCUGCUUCCUCGGCCUCCAAGGAAGAGAACUAUCUUCUAAGAUCAUCGGAAUCUGGCUGCCCAUCUUCGCCUUUGUAUCGCUAGGAUUCGACCACGUCGUUGCCAACAUGACUUUCAUUCCGAUGGCGAUCUGGUUGAAGGCUCCUGAGUUGACUGUGGGGCUGUAUAUCUGGAAAGGGAUAAUUCCGACCCUUCUAGGGAACAUUGUGGGUGGUGGAUUGUUUGUUGCGACAUAUUACUGGUAUAUGUACCUGCUCAAAGACGAGACCAUCGCGCUUACUGGUCUUCGGAAGGGACAGGAUAAGUCCGAAGUGAGCAGCUUCGCUCCAAGGGGGAAAGAAGACCUGGAGGCCUCUGGGGGUAGUAGUAGUGGGGAGGGUCGAUAG